GAAGUUGCGUGCGGGCGGGGGCGCGAGGCGGCCGCGGGCUGCCGUUCCCCCGAGAUGGCGUCCAAGGUGGGCUCGCGACGGUGGAUGCUGCAGCUGCUCAUGCAGGCGGGCGCGGCGUUGCUGACGCGCUGCCCGUUCUGGGACUGCUUCAGCCAGCUCAUGCUGUACGCCGAGCGGGCCGAGGCGCGCCGGAAGCCCGACAUCCCGGUGCCCUACCUGUACUUCGACAUCGGGGCGGCCGUGCUGUGCGCCAGCUUCAUGUCCUUCGGGGUGAAGCGACGCUGGUUUGCGCUCGGGGCCGCCCUGCAGCUGGCCAUCAGCACCUACGCCGCCUACGUCGGGGGCUACGUCCACUACGGGGAUUGGCUGAAGGUCCGUAUGUAUUCGCGCACCGUAGCCAUCAUCGGUGGCUUCCUGGUGCUGGCCAGCGGCGCUGGGGAAUUGUACCGCCGGAAGCCCCGUAGCCGCUCACUGCAGUCCACCGGCCAGGUGUUCCUGGGCAUCUACCUCAUCUGCGUGGCCUACUCGCUGCAGCACAGCAAAGAGGACCGGCUGGCGUAUCUGAACCACCUCCCGGGCGGGGAGCUGACGAUCCAGCUCUUCUUCGUGCUCUACGGCAUCCUGGCCCUGGCCUUCCUUUCGGGCUACUACGUGACCCUGGCUGCCCAGAUCCUUGCCAUCCUGCUGCCCCCGGUCAUGCUACUCAUUGAUGGCAACGUCGCCUACUGGCACAACACACGGCGUGUGGAGUUCUGGAAUCAGAUGAAGCUCCUGGGAGAGAAUGUGGGCAUCUUCGGGGCCGCUAUCAUCCUGGCCACGGAUGGCUGAGUCGCAGGGCAAGAGGGCAAGACGGGUUCAGGGAGCCACUCAGGGGUCUCUUGUCUGCCUCCUCGCCAGCCCAGUUGCUGGUUAUUUAUGCUUUGGGGUACUCGUGUAUGUGUGUGUGUCUCUGUCUCUGUCUCUGUUUGUCUGAUACUAUGAGUGAUGGUGAGAGACAGGGCUCUAUCCCCAUUCUGUGGCCAUGGCGGGGUAGGAGCCCUGAUGAUGAUGCCUUACAGGUUCUCUCCUGUUAGGAGGAGAGGUAACAGCCAGCAGUUCCCCCGAGACUCCUGUUCCUGAGAUGGGAGUUAAGGAGUGUGAAUGGGGUGCUGAGAGGGAAACGGAAGUGAGCCCUGGGCACCUCCCCUUUGCACCCAAAGGCUGCACGUUGGCUCUGCAGUGCUCCUUGAAGACCUCAGUACGGGUGCGUGUUGACUCGUGGCUCAGGCCUGGGAGGAGCAAAGGAGCUGUUGGGGGGUGGGGGGGGCUCUGUGAAGGUCACGUGGGUUCUCAGGGUAUCAGAAGCAGCCACUGCACUUGCUGCCUUCCCACCUCAGGAGCAGGGCAGACCCCAGUGUGAUCUGGGGUGCAUAGGGGUGGGGCAGCCAGCAGCCAACCUCCUGGCUCCUGCUGUCGCCGUUUCCAUCCCUUUGGUUAGCUUGGUGGGGUGAGUGCCCCCCUCCAAACACCAGACCACACAGUCUUCCAAAAAUAAACAUUUUAUAUAGA